AUGGCACGCGACGACGAGGACGAGGACGUGCAGGCUCAAGCUCUGUCGCAGCUUCGCGAGCUCCAACGCCAGCGUGAAGUGCGUUCAGCCCUGCGCUCAGCCAAUAGCGUGACCAACGUUGCGGCCGUGCGCGAGCAGCUGGCCACACUCAAGCUAAAGUCGGACAUCAAACGCUCUUCCGCCUUUGUCAAGAAGCUGCGCGUGCUCAGCGAGGCCAACGCAGACUCGCUACUACGCGAUGCAGCGGAACUUAAUCUGACCAGAUACGUGAGCGAGUGCGUGGCAGCGCUGGCGGACGCUCCACUCAAGGCUGCAGAUCUGCCUGCCGCCGUCAAAGUGGCGUCGCUCUUGCAUCAGCGAUACGAAGACUUUGCACCUGGGAUGGUGCGUGCACUAGUGAGCAGCUUCGAGGCCUCGUACACGUCGGAAGACAAGGGCAAGAUGCUCCGACGCCGACUUCUCCUACGUUUACUAUGCGAACUUUACCUGGCCGGAGUGUUUGACGACGUCCAGGUGAUAGCUCACAUCAUCCAGCGAGUGGCGAGACGUGAGUCACCUGGACCCAAGAAGAGUCGAGGUAAUAUGUCCAUCUUAGGCUCUAGCACAGGCUCCUCGCAGCAACUGGAGGUCCCGCUUCUCGUUAGCUUCGCCAAGUCGGUAGGUGUGGACUUUCUCGGCACGACCGUCGUGCCUCAGAACGUGCAGGAAGAGUGUCGGAGCUGCUAUCUGGAGGCGUACGACAUGAUCUGCAAGUUUUAUCUGGCACAACACGCGACGUUCUUGAAGUUGGACGCCAGGAACGAGAAGGAAGAGGCCAAUCGCGGGGAAGUGACGGAGGAGCAUGUGCAGGAGCUCAAGAACGCCAAAUUACUGUUCGAGAAGCUGCAGACGAGCGUCAACUCCCUGGCCGACGCUCUGGACCGAGACGUGCCGCCGCUCCCGGUGGAGGAGAAAGACGACGGGUCAGGAAACGGCAGUAUUCUCGUCUGGGAAGGCGGCGACGGUACUGGUCGGGAACUGAGCAGAGAUGGGCCUUUUGAUGACGAAGCUACACGCUCCUUUUACGAGGAUCUGCCGGACUUAUUGGAGCUGGUUCCUGCGGUUGUGUUAGGCCUGACAGAAGCUGAUGUGGCCGAGCUGAAGAAGAAGAAAGAGACUGCCGCAGCUGAAGAAGAAGAGACGGAGACUGAGAUCGAAGAAGAUGAAGAAGAACUGGCGACCACAGAGGACGACGGCAAAGACGAGACAGAAGACACGACACUGGACGAUUUAGAGGAGACUGACGAGGAGGAGAGUAAAGAAGUUAAGGUGGAAGUCAGCGAUACGAGCGCAGAGACCGCCAGAACACCGUCUACCAGCUACCACCAUCAGCUGGACGCCUUCUUCGCGUCUCUGGAGGAUUUGGUGAAUCGAGACCGAUGCGAUAAGGCAGCAGUGGAGUUUUGCUACCGCAACUCCAAGGCCACUCGAAGUCGUCUAGUCAAGACGCUGUAUGCAGUGCCACGCACGCACUUGGAGCUGCUAGCGCACUAUGCUCGUCUGGUCGCCACGCUGCAGAGUGUGCUGAAAGAAGACAUUGGCGGCGAGCUGGUGAGUCUGCUAGUGGGCGAGUUCCACGGCCUUAUCAAGCGUCGGAACCAGUUUCGCCUCGAGUCGAAGAUCAAGAACAUCCGCUUUUUAGCAGAACUCGUCAAGUUCCGGCUCUGUCCUCCUGCCACGGGCUUUCGCUGUCUGCAGCGCUGCUUCCAGGACUUCCAGGGCCACAACGUGCAUGUGGCCACGACGUUCCUCGAGAACUGCGGGCGCUUCCUGUACUGCUCCAAGCACACGCACGCUCGCACCGUCAACUGCCUGAGUAUCAUGAUGAAGCUCAAAGCAGCCAAGCACUUGGACCCGCAGCUGGAGACGCUGGUGGAGAACGCCUACUACAUGUGCAAGCCGCCGGAGCGAGUGGAGCGCCAGGUGAAGCAGUACGAUCCUCUGUAUCUGUAUCUGAUUCGGCUGCUGUACCAGGAUCUGAACGGCUCGAACGUCAACAAGGUCGUCAAGACGCUGCGUCGCUUCCCGUGGCAAGAGCGCGGCACGUGUGGCCUGGUUCUCAAGGCGUUGCUCAAGGUCACGAAGGGCAAAGUGCUGCAGAUGAAGUGGAUCUGCGACGUGGUCAAGGGCUUGGUGCGGUACCACGACCAAGUGCUGGUCUUGCUGGUGGACGACGUGUUGGAGCACGUUCGGUACGGCCUGGAGGUGAAUGACUACCGAGACCAUCAACGCAGUCUCGGGUAUGUGAAGCUCUUAGGAGAACUUUACAACUGUGGCCUGGUGAGCAUGAACGUGGUGGUGGAGACGCUGUACCUGCUGAUCAACCACUCGCACGACUUGCUGACGUUGCCGCAGUACAGUGGCGACAAGCUGUCGGCUGCGCAGCUGCUGGAGAUGAAGAAGAAGUUCCUCCUGGUGCCAGAUAUGCGCUACGACCCUCGUGUGCCCAGCGACGUGGACGGGCCGACGGAAGUGUUCCGCGUUCGUCUGGUUAGUGCGUUGAUUGAGACUUGCAAUGGCAGUGGGGGGAGUCCGAGUCUCCCUGGCCUUAGCCACCCAACCGAGAGAGGCAUCUCGCGUCCGCGUCUGGGUCGCUUUAUGGUCUUUUUCCAGCGCUAUCUCUUGUCCAAGACGGAGGUGCCGGUGGAGACCGAGUUCGUCGUGUUCGACCUCUUCGAGAUGCUCGCGGGUAGUCUGCGAGACCAUUUCAAGAAGUUUGAUACGUGGGAAGACGUGGACCAGGCCGUACAGGAGAUUCUUCGCGGGGACAUGGAGGAGGCGGAGCGGCGCUUGUCGAAGAAGAAUGCAGCGCUGUUGAUGGCUACAAACGGACUCGAGAGUGAGCUCCUGAUCAUCCACGACCGCGUCCAGAAGAGCGAAGAGGACGACGAGUUCGAGAAGGCCUUCAAGUCCAUGAUGCACGGCUCGACUGACACGCGCAAACCGGCGGCACGGGUCAACGUGGACAAGAUGGCGAUUCCUACCGUUGUCAAGAGCUCGGCUGCUCUGGCCCCUGCAGGUUCUCGUGGACUGCUCUCUCUGGACGCGAAUGGAUCGCCUGAUGGCGUCGUGUUCCGAAUGUUACGUCGAGGGAACAAAGGCAAAGUGGAGGCGCGUCCGUUGGUCGUUCCGGAAGCUUCGUCGCUGGCCCAGCACAGUCAUCGGCAGGAAAAUGCUGGCAAGAAGGAGCAGUCGGAGCUCAAGCGCUUAGUGCUGCAGAACAUGGAGCGUGACGACUUUAUGAGUGACGGCCCUCCGAUAGAUGGGAUCUCUAGCUUCGGCCCCCCACCGCGUGCUAACGUCAACUUCAGUAGCCAAGGAGCAGGCCAACAGGUCAACGAGAACCGCAUGGGGUUCGGAGGUGGUAGCGAGUGGAACAACGCAGAGUUCGGACUUCGUCGAGGCAAAGGAUAUCGCGGCACCAAGUAG